ACACAGCAGAGAGUUAAAUGAUCCAACAUUUAAAACAAAGAGCGACGUCAGGCUGCUAGUUUGCGCUGCUAGGAAGCUAAAGCUAAGCUAACGUCUCUGGACGCCAAAGCACGGACAAACACCUCACGAGACAUGUUACCAAGACAACAGCCUCCACCAAACGCCAUGACGACAGACUCCUCACUUCUUAACUCGGAGCUGGAGUUACAGCAGCAGGAGGAGCUGUACCAACAGCUGCUGUUACAGACAAUGGGACAGAUACAGACUGAAAAUCCAGACUCCAAAGUUAUACGGCCACAGCCUGGCAUGUGUGUGAAGACGCUCUCAGAGCCAGACAAGCAGAAAGUUUUCGUCAACAUCUGCCAGUCCAACUCUGUCCCGCUGCCACCAGACCUCUCCAGAGACGAGCUUGUGGAGCUGCUCCAAUCAGAAGAUCCCAGCGGUUACAGAGUUCCCAUGAGCCUCGGCGAGCCACACACAGAAGUAGACAACAACUCUCAGGCCUGCACAGCGUAUGAUGUCGUCAUCAACCAGGAGUUUUUCCAGAAGUGCCAGAAGGAUCCUCUGUUCCAGCAGUUUGUUAUUCUGGUGUCUUUGGAGGGUUUGGAGAAUAAAUACAAUCUGGAGCUGAGCAGAGACUGGAAGGUGCUGAAGAACAGGAAGUUCUUGGGUUCUGUUAGCGAGCAAAACAUCAGAACGAAGAGCCGACCGGUAAUUCAAGAGCUGCAGCCUCAGGAGAGCUCCCCUACGACAGCUCAAAGACCAGAGUUCACGUUGCUGGUGGAGCCCCCUGCUGGUGAUCCUGAGUAUCUCAUUGCAGAGAUAAAGCUACCUGGAGUGCCGUCGUCUCGCUCUCUGGUUCUGGACGUUGGAGAGGACCGAUUGGUGCUGACGGCUCGGCCCUCGCUCUUCCAUCUUGACGUCUUCCAUCCCUUCCUCGUCGACCAGGAGAACAGUGUGGCUCAGUACAACAGAAGCACCCAGAUCCUUACAGUCACUAUGCCCGUGGUGUCUUCAUGAAACUACAGAAAUAAUGUAGAGUUAUUUAUUUAAUUGUUAAAAAAGGAUGCUGAGAUAAUAAAGGUGUUUUUCAUAAA